AUGUUGGAACGGCCAUUGUCGAUGACGACUCUGAGCCAAACCCUACGCGGUUUAGCUAACCCAUAUGAGAAGGAAUCCGCAAAAGGACAAGAGGAGAUCAUUUUUGAACUGUUCAAGAUUCCCGGCAAGAGCGAGGCGUCAGUCGGACGACUACUCACGGUGCUGAAGGCGUUUGGUCUUCGUAUGGAAGACCCACGGCUGAAACCAAUGAUGCGAAAGUUAAAAGAGAUUGAAAGACAAGAAGAGGAGAGGAUGAAGGAAACGAUCGAACCGAAGCACUGGAAACUGAGCAAAGAACAAUUUAUAGAAUGUGUCGCAUGCAGUGUGAACUUGAUCGUUCAAGCGUUACAAAAUAACCUUGUCAUCCCAUUAUGGGGUGCUUUCGUCGAAGAAAUUCGAGUUUUCUAUAACGAAUGUCUGGAAAUACGCGAUGGCACUGUGGCCAGCUAUAUACCUCAACUGGCUCGGCAGUCUCCUGAUAAGUGGGGUGUUUCUGUUUGUACGGUCGAUGGACAACGAGUGCGUCACUUUUACUUUUUACAGUUUUUUUUUCAAAUAUAA